AUGUCUAUCGAGCAUUACCCUCAACCCCCAUAUCCCUUGCAUCCGUCGGUAAAGGAUAGACUAAGUCCCGACUAUGUUGCCUUCUACAACAAAUACAUUCUGAACAGCCAGCAAGUUCACUAUCAGCCUGUCAAGGCAUCCCGCACGAGCGGCACGUUGAUUCCCGGCGGCGGGGAGCCCCUUACAGUGGGAAAGACACAAGACAUUGCGGUUCGACGUCGGGCUACCACGGGUCCAGAUAUCAAAGUCCGUUGCUUCACGCCCUCCGGAGCGAAACCAAAAGAGGGAUGGCCAGUACUGCUCUAUUUCCACGGUGGGGGGUGGGUGCUUGGUACCAUCGACACGGAAACCACAGUCUGUACCAACAUAUGCGUGCGCGCAAACUGUGUCGUUGUUACUGUUGACUAUCGACUUGCUCCCGAACACCCUUGGCCUGCCGCAGUCCAUGAUAGCUGGGAGGCCUUGCUCUGGCUCGUUUCGGAUGGCGUGUCGGCGCUGUGCCUCGACGCUUCCAAAGUAGCUGUUGGGGGCUCAUCGGCCGGGGGGAAUCUUGCUGCAGUCAUGACACACAAGGCCAUGACGCUGACCCCGCCCAUACAUUUCAAGGCCCAGGUCCUGGCAGUUCCAGUUACAGACAACACGGCAACAGUGGAGAACAACCAGUCGUACCGAGAAUAUGAGCACACGGCGGCGCUUCCGGCAGAGAAAAUGCUCUGGUACAGGCGCCAUUAUCUACCUAACCAGUCUGACUGGUCCAACAGCGAGGCCAGCCCGCUCUUCUACAAGGGCGACUGGUCGCGGUUGCCGCCCGCGCUUGUGAUGGUUGGGGAAUUAGAUGUGCUUCGUUCCGAGGGUGAAGAGUACGCUCGAGAACUGCAAGAAGCUGGUGUACAGGUAGAGCUGCAGGUCAUGAAAGGCAUGCCUCACCCAUUUCUGGCCAUGGAUGGCGUACUCAAGGAGGGCAGGCUGGCUAUUUCUCUCAUGUGUGACACAGUGCGCAAGGCUUUUUGGGCAUAUUAG